AUGGCUCCAUUUACCAGGCUCCUCGCGUCUGUACUGUCUUUGCUGCUCCAGUUGGGCGGGCUUUGUUAUUACAUAUCCAAAGCUUUUACUGCUUCAGCAGCUUCCAAGUUGGAGAAGAUUGGUUAUGUUGAAACUGAGGGCAAGGAGGAACCUUCUGACUCAAAGACUGGCAAAGAUAAAAUUGACUUCAAGGAAGUGGAGAGAAUAGACCAUCUUCUUGCUUCCUUACAACCCAAGGUGAAUUUCGUGACAGUUACUAUACCUGCUCCUCCACCGCCACCAUUCCCAGAAGGCUAUGUGCCCCCUGCGAGUGGUGAAACAGAGAAAGCAGCUGAAGGACAUAAACAAGGAGGGGAUGCAGCACAACCCCCUCCUUCCAUCGAUCCAUUUAUUGAUCAAGGUCCGGCUAAGAGAAUGAAAUUCUGA